UAUAUUGCAGUGCCGAGGAAGCUGUACCACGCGAAAUCAGACACAAACGUGACAGAAACGUGCUUAUACACGCUAGCGUUGUGUACAGUAUUUCGUAAAAUAAAUAGCAACGUUUUAGAAUGCCCAUGCAGUGAAGCUAAUGUUAUCUUAAUCGCCGUUGAAUACAAAUGGUGGUUUUCUCUCAAGCGGACCUCCGGAGCUGUUGAAAAUUAUCAAAGACCACAAGGAAGAGAAUGCUCCAAUUUUUGGAAUAAAAAAGAAGACUGUCAUGUGGACGUCAUAGUUCCACAGAGGGAUGAUUCUGCUGUUCCAGAAUCUUAACGGGGAAUACACAACAAGAACGAGAAGACCCAGGAGAAGACCUAGCAUUUGUCAUUGUGACAACCUUACUUCCAGUCUACGACGAUUCCAAGGUCUCUUACGUUCUAACCUCGAUUGCUGAGGGGAUAGUGUAUCUUUUAUGCAAGAUAUAUCGGGGAAUUAUUACAUACAUUUGCUUGUAAUGGGAACAACAGUUGUUGGCUGCAAACACCCAGGCGUUAGUUGCUUCACUGACCCAAUGGCAAAAUAUGCCAAUUGAGUUUGCCAAAUAACCAGGGACAGUGAUGUUUUGUUUGCAAGGAAGGAACACUGACUGACAUCAUGUAGCUCGUCAGAAUUGGCAGAUGAGAUAGCCUUUGAAACACAAACAUGCUAGCACUUUCUGGUUGUUCACUCUAUAUCAAGCUAAUUGUGUCAUGACAUGACAACUGGGUGCUAUACAUUAUGUCACUCUAGUUGACAAGCAGGGAGUAUAGCAGUGUCCAUUGCUAAAUGCUAUGCUUUUCAGUAAAGUCAUGCAUCAAGCAGUGCACCGUUUGCAGGGCUAUAUUGAAUCAUAGUUUGAGCCAUCCCAUUAUCUAGACGUCGAAUAGACUUUACGUUUUUCCAGACGUUUUAUAUUAGAUUGCAUAGUGCACCAGUCCUGUUUUGGUAACUGGGAUGUCCUGCCAGUGCCUGUUAUAGUUUAUGUGCAAUACAACUCAUCUGCAGGGUAACUAUUGUUUUUAAAUGACCUCGAGAACAGAACUCCUAGCUGUAGAAUAGAUACAUCAAGUCUCCUCGUUCAAUGGCCAAAUAAUUGGCGAGUUAGGUGGAAAUCAGGCUGCCCAACAUCAGCAUUGUCAUCAUUUACAACCUGCGAUUUUCAUCGGACACUAAAUGAAAUAUGGAGACCGUGGGAGAUUUCGAAUAUAGCAGGAAGGACCUAGUUGGACACGGAGCCUUCGCUGUCGUUUUCAAAGGAAGACAUAGAAAGAAGACCGACUGGGAAGUGGCCAUCAAGAGCAUCAACAAGAAGAACCUCAGCAAGUCUCAGAUUCUGCUCGGCAAGGAGAUCAAAAUUUUGAAGGAGCUUCAACAUGAGAAUAUUGUUGGCCUCUAUGAUGUCCAGGAGACGCCAAACUCUGUGUUCCUGGUGAUGGAGUACUGCAAUGGGGGCGAUCUUGCAGACUACUUGCAAGCCAAGGGGACCCUGCGUGAGGACACACUGCGCAUCUUCCUGCAGCAGAUCUCGGCGGCCAUGCGCAUCCUGAACAGCAAGGGCAUCAUCCACCGCGACCUCAAGCCCCAGAACAUCCUGCUCUCCUGCGUCGGCCGCAAGAAGGCCGGCAUCAGCGGCAUCCGCAUCAAGAUCGCCGACUUUGGCUUCGCACGCUACCUCCAGAGCAAUAUGAUGGCGGCCACGCUGUGCGGAUCCCCCAUGUACAUGGCCCCGGAGGUGAUCAUGUCCCAGAACUACGAUGCCAAAGCUGACCUGUGGAGCAUCGGCACUGUCAUCUACCAGUGUCUGGUGGGGAAGCCACCCUUCCAGGCAAACAGCCCGCAAGACCUGAGGAUGUUCUAUGAGAAAAACAAGUCACUGGUGCCAAACAUCCCGCGUGAGACGUCUCCUCAGCUGGCUGACCUGCUGCUGGGACUACUGCAGAGGAACCAGAAGGACCGCAUGGACUUUGAUGCCUUUUUCAGCCACCCUUUCCUGGAGCCAACGGCAGCCAUCAAAAAAUCGUGUCCGGUGCCUGUCCCCAACGUGCCAAGCUCUGUGUCGGACAGCUCCUGUGGCAGCUCCCCCUGUCGCUACGUCUCCCCACCAUCGCUGCCUGAUAUGCAGACGGUGCCGGAGGAUGUGUUGUCGUCUCCUCCGCUGUGCCCCCCCAACUACCUGCAGCUGUCCAAGGAGUCGGCCGGCAGCACCAGCAGCAAGAACUCCUCCUGCGACACCGACGACUUCGUACUGGUGCCACACCUCUCUGGAGAGCAGUGCUAUGACGUACCCAUGGGAGCGACAGGCCGGCGGCCCUCCAGCGAGUUCCUCCUGUGUGGCGGGCAACAGCCGGGCCACCAGGGACAGGCCGCCAUGGUGUCGCCGCGCGCCGAGACCACCCCCAUCCCCGUGCCCACGCAGGUGCGCAACUACCAGCGGAUCAAGCAGAACCUCUCCAGCAGCCCCACCACCACCCUCUACGGCUCGCCCAGGUCGGGUACGGUGCGUCGCUCCAACACCAGUCCCAUGGGUUUCCCCAAGGUGUCGUCAGGGUCCCCCAGCUCCGCGGAGGUGACCCAGACGCUCGGCCGACGUCUCUCCACCGGCAGCUCUCGCCCUUAUUCCCCAUCGCCGCUCGUGGGCACCAUCCCUGAGCAGCUGGGUCAGUGUUGCUGUGGUCACCCUCAGGGCCAUGAGGCCCGCAGCCGCAGCUCCUCUGGAGGGUCCCCCGUGCCCUCUUCCCAGCUGCUGGGGGCUCGUCUUCAGAGCGCCCCAACGCUCACUGACGCCUACCACCAGACCAAGCAGAAGCUCCACAAGCAGCUCUCGGACCCCGUGCACCCGAGCACCGCCGCCGCUACAGCCGCCGCCAUGGCCGCCUACCCCACUAGCCACUCACCACAGAUGGGUCGCCCCGGCAACCUCGGAACCUCCCCCACCAAACACCUGGGCUCCUCCCCCCGCACGUCCGAUUGGCUCAUGAAGUCACCCCUGCCCACCAUCAUUGGCUCUCCCACCAAGACGAUAACGGCUCCCUUCAAGAUCCCCAAGACCCAGGCGUCCUGCAACCUGCUGGCUCUGGCCUCUCAGCAGCACGGCAUGGCCGACAGCCCCACCCCGCCCAAGAGCCUGCUGGACGGCCGCGAAAUCUGCAUGCACCACUGCUCCCCCGGCUCAGGGGGGCGCCAGUCCGCGCCCGAGGCCAGCCGGACCACCUUCGGCAGGUCCGUGAGUACGGGUCGUCUGUCGGAGCAGCCCAUCCGCAUCACUCUGGGCGGCCCACACUACCAGGGCAGCAGCACGGACAGCCUCAACGCAGAACGGCCCAUGGACACAGCCCCUGCAGGGUUGUGUGCUUUGCCCCAUGGUGGUCAGCCGGGCAGCCCCCGCACCGUGCUCUUCACCGUGGGCUCGCCCCCCAACAGCGGCACCCCUCCCACCUGUAGCCACCUGGGCACCCGGCCGCGCACCACCUCAGUAGGCUCCAACAGCUCAGCAGGCUCCCUGUGCUCCACGAGCGGCCGCGUGUACGUGGGCUCUCCUCCCGGCGGCGUAGGCAUGGCUAUCGGCAGCUCUCCCCCCGGCGGGGCGGAGGCCGGCCCCAGCAGCGGUGGCGGCGGCGGCGUGCGGUACGUCCCCUACGGCACCUCCCCGCCCAGCCUGGACGGCUUCAUCACCUUCGAGGCCCCCGAGCUGCCCGAGGAGACGCUCAUGGAGAGGGAGCAUACGGACACUCUGAUGCACCUGCGCAUGAUGCUGUCCUUCACCGACUGUGUUCUGGAGAUCGCGGCGGUGCGGGCGGGGGGAGCGGACCUGGGGGUGUCGGCCGCCUCCCUCUACCCCCCUCAGGACAGCGUGGUGGUGGACCAGAUCAGCCAACUCAGCAAGGAGUGGGGGCAAGUGGAGCAGCUGGUGCUGUAUAUGAAGGCAGCUCAGCUCCUGGCCUCCUCCCUCCACCUGGCCAAGGCCCAGAUCAAAUCAGCCAAGCUCAACCCCUCCUCUGCCGUCAAGCAGGUGGUGAGGAGUCUAAACGAGCGCUACAAGAGCUGCAUCUCCCUCUGCCGACGCCUCACUGACAAGCUGAACAGCUUCUUCUCGGACAAGCAGCGCUUUGUGGACGAGAUCAACAGCGUCACAGCCGAGAAGCUCAUCUACAACCACGCUGUAGAAAUGGUGCAAGCAGCCGCGCUGGAUGAGAUGUUUCAGCAGACGGAGGACAUUGCCUACCGCUACAACAAGGCGGCCAUGCUGCUGGAGGGCCUCUCCAAGAUCCUGCAGGACCCCGCCGACAUAGAGAACGUCGCAAAGUACAAGGCCAGUGUGGACAGGCGUAUCUCAGCCCUGUGUUACUGCACAGUCACGCUCUACGAAUAGCAGAGCGACAGGGGCACCCAGGGAGAGCGGCGAGAGGGGAUGGACAGACACGCACAUACAUAUAAACUCUCUUCCCUCUGGACGGGGACCACUCUCUGCUGCCUUGGGGUGUGUUUCUCGGAAGCAUAGCUGUUAGCCUGUUAGCAACUUGGGUAGUUGUCAAUGGGAAAUUGCAUUGCAAACAGCAAAGUAGCUAAUGUUGUUAGCAACUAUGGUUUCGAGAAAUGCACCCCUGAUCGGAACGCAGCCAGGAGACAAGCCCACAUUCUCAUCUGUAGCAGUUCAAGCACUUUUUAAAAUAUAUAUAUUUAGUGUUUUUCAUUUUUUUUAUUUUUAUGUUAGACUUUUUACUUGGACUUUUUAGUGAGCAUGUGUGAUUUGUUGCCACCCACCAUAAAAUUAUCACAGAUGCAGGAAGAUUUUUUUCUUUUCUUUUUUUAAAUUAUGGCACAACAGACUCAUGCUUGUGCGGCGGAUGCACAGGCUCACCAACCAAAGAUGAAGACGCGACAGCAACGAUGGUGACUUUCUUCCUUGUCUUUAACGGAACGAGCAAAAUGGACAGAGCCACAGAAGUGUGCGUGGCAAACGUCAGAACCUAUCUCUUUUAGUAACUCAUCAUCAAGACAAAAAAAAGGCUGAAGAAGGAAAAAAAAAGAAGAUUGAUGGCUUUUUUAUUUUGUGGUUUUCUUUUAAAUACCUGAAGAUUCUGAGGACAUAGAUAUGUGGGGGAAAUGCAACAUAGACUUCAAACUCAUGAUAAAGACUCAAGUUUUUAAAUGCAAAUCAUUUUGGCAUACUUGUUGUGUUUUUUAUUAUUGUUAUUAUUAUUAUGUACGUUAUCCGGUUGCCGUUAUUUAUUGGUGUUGGUAAAGUUUAUGCUGUUGGUUAUCAUUGUUACACCUGGGCUGAUUCGCUUUAUUUUCUUGCAAGGUAGAGAAAGUGGGCUUUGCCUGACUCUUCAAAAUCUCAGAGCGGUCAGCCUGGCCAACAGAAUAGAACCACACACACACACACACACACACACACACACACACACACACACACACACACACACACACACACACACACACACACACACACACGUAUGGACAUUGUCAGACACAUGCUGACACUGAACCUCUUACUCACCAAAUGCACUAAAUUUUCCGUGGACAGUCAGGCACACAGCACAUUAUCACAACCGUAACAGCAGUCGUAAGGAGCAAAGGAACUUGUAGAUUUGUAAUUACUCUUUGUUUUUUUUGUUUUUUUUUUACACAGAAGCACUUUAUAUAAAUAAUAAUAAAUAUAAAUAAUUGUAAUAUAAUACAUAUGUAAUAAUAAGUAUGGAGGAUGCUGUUCCCAGGAGUGCUUGGGAAUGUGAAGGCUGCGAGCUGAUUGGUUGAGGGGAACAUAUUGGGGGAUACUGAUUGGUCCCCUUUGUCUGCUUUCUCUCAGCAUCAAUGAGCUCUCCCUCUCAUUUAAUGAACGAUCUGCUUAAAGCGCUGUCACACACAGCAGGUUGUAACAACACCUGCCAACCCUGCCCCACCACACACACACGUACACACGUACACACACACACACACACACACACACACACACACACACACACACACACACACACACACACACACACACACACACACACACACACACACACACACACACACACAUUCUGACAUACGUGUACCAUCCUUCUCAUACUGUCUGAGAUUCAGAUAUUGCCACGGAGCUCAGUGAAUCUCAGAUGAGUGAAUAGUCAUCUCCUUCGUGGGUUGUGCGCAAGUUUUACUCACACCCCUCUGUGACACUGAGGAGCAAACUGUCGAGCAAAAAGGCGUGCGUGGUCAAAAUACUUGAGUAGUUACUUUUAAAAGAAAGCUGAAACGUGCUUUUACAAAAAACAAACAAAAAGUAAAAAACAUCAAACAAAAUCUCUGUAUUAAUACUGUAGCUAAUUUUUUGAGACAAUUUUCAUGGUUUGCAACUUGUGUACAUAUAUGUAUGUUGUGCAUGUUUUCAUCUUUUUUUAAAUCGUUUUGUCUUUUUUUUCUUGAGUGUGUGUGCGUGUGAGAGCAGUGUGAGGAUGGAAAUACCGAAAAUAUGCUUUCGUUGCCAUGCCUCACACAUACAGUACAAUGUUUUUGUUUUAUUUUUAUGUUUUUAUUUCACUUCGUUUUUUGUUUUGUUUUGUAGAUUUCAGUAGGUUUUUUUGUGGAGAUUUUGAAAAAAAUCUACCCUUUCACUGCCACAGGGUUUCCUCAAAACUCAGAGGCCUACACGAAAGGGAGAUCACCUCUGGCUCAAGCGCAUGGCAGCUUUAAAAAGAAAAGAAAUGAAAAAACAUCAAACGACUCCUGUACCGCGACUCCUUGCAUACAGUACGGGUGCAGGAGAUGAUGAUCUUUCAAAAGAAGAAAUGAAAAAUGUCUAAAAUCGUAUCGUUAUGAAGCACAGUUUAAACCAGGUGUGCUCACAGUCAGUUUGUAUUAAGUGUAACCGCACCGCUAAGGUGUGUGGAAAAAGGCCAGUGACGUGUCGUGAAGUCUUGGAGUACUACAGUACUGAGUGCUUUUAGAAGACUACCGAACUCCCUCUGACUGUACAUGUGUGUAUAAAAAAAAAAGCCUGGAUGUCCACUCGCAGAGCCGACUGUGGUGGUGGGCCUCCGUCGGGCCCCCUUGAAGUGGUAUAUACUGUACUGUAUGUUCAGUAGACAUAUCAGGGGUGAGUUUCUCAAAAGAGAAGUUGUGAGCCUGUUAGCAACUUCGGUAGUUGCCAAUGGGAAAAUGCAUUGAAAACAACAAAGUAGCUAAUGUAGUAAGCAACUUUGGUUUUGAGAAAUUCACCCCAGAGUUCCUGUAAUAAGACCUCCCCUUUCCCUCCCUUCCUUCCUUCCUGUCCACCCCUUAAGAGUGCCAGUGCUCUUUGAUGAACAAAAAAAAUGCCUUCACAACCACACAGAGAGAAGUGUGUCUUGCUUGUCUCUGUGCUUUUUUUCUUUCUUAUGUACUUUUGCCAUCUCCUCCACAAAUAUCUCUAGUGUUAGGCCACACCUUGUAUGUUUGUAAAGGGGACUGGUGUGUGUACAGAGGAUGUAGUAUAACAAAGCUGUUUGGUACCGAGCACAUGUACCCGUAGAGUUUGUAGAAUGUAUUAACCCUUUCAUUAUAGCGCCUCUAUCCCUGUUCCCGUUGAAUGCAUUAGUUACCCAUGGUCGUCAUGGUAAUAAGAAAAGAGAAAUCCCUCCAGGAGACCAUCCAAUGCAACUGAAUUUCUAAGCUCCUGUUUUCAAUUUAUAAUAAAUAAAGAAAUAAAAAAUACAAAAACAUGUUGAUGUUUUAAUCGAUUGUGUCUGUUGUUUCACCAGGGACAUAUCUUGUGUUCUCUGUGGAACUUUAGAAGUGCAGCCUUUGUUUAUUAAAAAGGAAAUUUGGAUCAGA